CCCGUCACACGUCGAGCGGACCGGACGUCUGUCACGCCACCUCACGCGAACAUCCAACCAUGCGGUGAAGUGAAACUGUCAAACGUGAUCCCAUUCCGUACACUGUGAACUCUUACCGCUUCACAAUAAACGCGUGGUGAUUUGUGUAAAAGAAGUGGUGCCACUGAUUUCGAAAAUUGGAUUAUACAGACACAUAAUGGCCUUAGCUAGGUAUAAUCAGCAGAGCGCGCGCUCGCCUUGGCUAAAGCUCGGGUCGGGCAGCGAGUGCGGCGGCGCGGGCCCGGGGGGCGCGGCCGCUCCGCAGUCGGCGCGCGUCACGUCCAACGGCGCCGGCGGCAUGGCGGUGAGCCGCGUGCCCAGCCCGCUGCACGACGGCAACACGCCCGUCGCCGAAAACUGGUGCUUUACUCAGGUGAAAGUGGUGAAGUUUAGUUAUAUGUGGACGAUAAACAAUUUUAGUUUCUGUAGAGAAGAGAUGGGUGAAGUGUUAAAAUCAUCGACUUUCUCGGCCGGUGCUAGUGACAAAUUAAAAUGGUGUCUUCGUGUAAAUCCAAAAGGACUCGACGAAGAGAGCAAAGACUACUUAUCAUUAUAUUUAUUGUUAGUGUCGUGUAACAAAUCUGAAGUGCGGGCAAAGUUCAAGUUCUCGAUUCUAAAUGCGAAGCGAGAGGAGACCAAGGCGAUGGAGUCGCAACGCGCCUACAGAUUUGUGCAAGGCAAAGAUUGGGGCUUCAAAAAGUUUAUUAGAAGAGAUUUCCUAUUGGAUGAGGCGAACGGCCUGCUGCCGGAGGACAAGCUGACGAUAUUCUGCGAGGUGUCGGUGGUGGCGGACAGUAUCAACAUCAGUGGACAGAGCAACGUUGUGCAGUUCAAGGUGCCCGAGUGCCGACUCUCCGACGACCUCGGCGCGCUCUUCGACAACGAGCGAUUCUCUGACGUCACGCUCGCCGUCGGCGGCAGGGAGUUCCAAGCGCACAAAGCCAUAUUAGCAGCCCGAAGUCCUGUGUUCGCGGCCAUGUUUGAACACGAGAUGGAAGAGAGAAAGAGAAAUAGAGUGGACAUCACGGACGUGGACCACGAAGUGCUGCGCGAGAUGCUGCGCUUCAUUUACACAGAUCGAGCGCCUAAUUUGGACAAAAUGGCCGACGAUCUAUUAGCCGCAGCCGAUAAAUAUGCGCUGGACAGAUUAAAAGUAAUGUGCGAGGAGGCGCUGUGCCUCAGCCUGUCUGUGGAGACGGCGGCGGACACGCUCAUACUGGCCGACCUGCACUCCGCCGACCAGCUCAAAGCGCAGACCAUAGACUUCAUCAACACGAGUCACGCGACGGAUGUGAUGGACACCGCGGGCUGGAAGAACAUGAUCUCCUCACACCCGCAUCUGAUCGCCGAGGCGUUCCGCGCGCUCGCCACGCAGCAGCAACAGAUACCGCCCAUCGGUCCACCUCGCAAGCGCGUCAAGCAGGCGUAGGCGCAUCACUACACUUGCCAUCGCGGCCACAACA